CACCCGGCGCUGACCACAGCUUAUUUCCCUUUCGAGAAUUGUAGAUCAUAGCUGGGCAACGGCUGAUAUGAUUUUGCCAUUGCUAUUAUCACUAUUCAUAUUUUUACCGGAUGUUGCUGAAGGGAAUUGUCAUGAUCACAGGUAUGGUGUGCCAAGCAAAUCAUGUAAACGAGUUAAAGAUCCCACAUUUCAAAUACGUGGCGAUAUUCGGAUAGUCCCAAUGUGGGAGUUCAUUUUAAUGAAAGAACCAUCCGAGAAACGUGUCAAAAGAAGUACAUCAUUUCGAAAUGGAACACUUCGUUCGGUUCAUUCAGGGGGAAAUCAUGGGCUGCCUGUUGAUUCUUUGCCAACCUCGAAUAAAAAUUUAAAUCAAGCAAAUAGUUUCAUAAAGACUCCAGUGCUCCAUCAGCUCCUUAUCCAGCCAAUUGAUUCCAGUGCUCCAGCUUCUCCGGUUCAAAGGCAUAUAAUUCAAAGUCAAGGCAAACCAACUAUCGGACAAUUGCCUAUUCAUGUUAACAAAUCAAAAAUAAACACUAAUCACAAAACUAAGCGUCAAGGAGUUUACUCUGCAUUGGCACAACCUCCUCCAGCUGCUAAAUGGGGGAACAAUAGACCAAGCUAUCAGAAUCCAACUCCAUCUUACCAACAAGGUUACCCACAGCAGUUUCCUGCACCUCAACGACAACAGCAAUAUCAGCCUCAACCACAAACUACAAACUAUAAUCAGGCACCCCAAAGGCCGCUAUAUAUUCCACCUCCUCCACCAAAACUACAAGUAUAUCCUCCACAACAACUUGCUGAAAAUCCUUAUCAAACUAGAAAUGGUGUGAAUAACUACAGAUCGAGAAAUAGCUACGGUACAAACAAUAGAAAACACGGAAGAAACGGAAAGAAAGGAAAGUCUUCGAAGAUGUGCAAAAUGUGCAGAAAGUUGUCUGAAGAAGACGAGAGUGAGGAGAAGGAAAUGGCAUGUGAUCUUUGCUCAAAAUCACGCCGGAAAGGAAAGAAAAAAGGAAAAUCUCUUCGUGAUGGAAUGGUCGGUGGUCGUCGAAAGAGUAGCAAGAGCAGUGAAGACAGUGAUGAUCAUGACGAUUCUAUGGAAGGUGAAGGUGGAGGAACUGAGAAUUUUACUAACGACGAUGAGAAUGGAGCAGAUGAUUACGAGGAUGAUGGAGAAUCUACUACUAUUAAGCCAAACGCAGUUUCACAGCCGACAAUACUUGAUUUUGUGGAGAGAUCCAAGCAGCAGAACAAGCUGAUGAGAAUCCCAGUUUAUCGUGGAAAGAAACUUGAAGCUGAAUCGAACGGAACUAGUGGUGCUUACGAAGAUGGAGAUGACAAUGGUGAACAUAAUAGAGAAGAAGAAGAAGAAUCUUCCCAAUACUCAUCCAACAUCCGAGACAUGGAACAACCGACUAAAUAUUCAAGCAAACCAAAUGUAAAAUACUCAUACCCACCAAAAGAUACACUUCCUCUUCAAACUUGUUUUCAUAAUCCAUCUGGAUAUGUCUGUUGUAAUCUUGAAUUGAACAAUGUCGUUGAAUCAACCUACAAAGAAGUCAGAGAACUACCAAAUUUCAAUCCGUGUAAUCUUCAACUUAUCGCCAACAAGGUUCAACGUGCCAGUGAACGAAUGUUUGGACACCCGUUUGAAAGUAUUGUGUCACAUGCAGAUUUUGCCCAAAACAUUAAUUUUUCCGGCGAUUUGGUGUGCAAGUUAGAAAUCGAUGGAAAAUACAUGAUUGCUUACGGGACACCUUACCAUGCUGAUGAUGCAGUUGGACCUCAAGGACCCGACGGAAAACCGUUACCAGUAAGAUCACUGAAAUUAUGACACAAAAUUACUUUUUUUCCAUUAUCAAUUUAUAUGUAUUUUUUAAAAAUUUAAAAGCAGCUCAAUAUUUGAAUUUCAUUAUUAAAUUAUUUAUUUAUCUAUUCAAUUGUCUAUUCCCGCUUGUUGACUGGUCUGGAUUACUAUACAUUUGUGUUUGAG